AAACAAGAGGCCUCAAAUGAAAAUGCAGACACCGUUAUCCACUCAUUCUCUCUUCCUCCUCAUAACGCAGAAGAAAUGGCCAUGGCGACAGCUGCAGCAUCUGGAUUCUUGUUCGCAAACACUUGCUCUAACAUUUCUUUCCGCAAGUCACAAUCCCCAAAGUUGUCCUCUUUGAAGGCCAGUGUGAAUCCGGAGUUAGGGUUUGUUACUUCUCAAUUGAAUGGCGUUAGAAUUUCCUACAAUCUAACUCAGGAGUCAAAGCUAGUCUCAUCUCCUUCAGUUCCUUCUUUUCAACCUGUUGUUGCCCGUAGAGUGUGUCCCUUUACUGGGAAGAGAGCAAACAAGGCAAAUAAAGUUUCCUUUUCAAACCACAAGACAAAGAAGUUGCAGUUUGUGAAUCUGCAGUACAAGAAGAUUUGGUGGGAAGCUGGUAAACGCUAUGUUAAACUGAGGUUGUCCACUAAGGCUUUAAAGACUAUAGAGAAGAAUGGAUUGGAUGCUGUUGCUAAGAAGGCUGGCAUAGAUCUUAGCAAGAAGUAGAAAAUUCGUCCCAAUUAUUACUUGCAAUUCUGUUUGUUCGAGUUCUUCAAUUGGUCUGUUGAAUUAUUUCCUGGAAAACGCCAUUGGUACAUCCUGCAAGUUUUGUGAAUUCAUUUUUCUCAUAUGAUACCAUGGACCUUUUGAUCUGUGUUCUUACUAACUCAAAGUUCACAUGAACAAUUUAACA